AUGGCAAAUACUGAAAGCAUCAGCACUAAGGGAAAUAACGCAAACACAACACACGACAGCUUAGCCAACCACACCGCCUGGCAAGACACUGAAGGUGAUUCUCCCAACUGCAUUGAUGUGGAAGUCAGUCUGAAGACUUUGUACCUCCCCAUUAUGUAAAGCAUCAUCUUCCUGAUGGGCUUUCUGGGAAAUAUCAUUGCGAUUUGUGUUUACAGCUUCAAGAUGAGGCCUUGAAAGAGCAGCACCAUAAUCACACUGAACCUGUCACUCACAGACCUGCUCCACCUCACCAGCCUUCCCUUCCUGAUACACUACUGUGCUAGCGGAGAGCACUGGAUCUUUAGUGAAUUUGUGUGCAAGUUCAUUCGCUUUGGCUCCCACUUCAGUUUAUAGAGCAGCAGCAUCUUCUUCACCUGCUUCAGCACCUUCCGCUAUGCGGUGAUUGCCCACCCUGUGAAGUUCUUCCACAUCCAGGGGAAGCAGUGGGCAGUGGUGGCUUGCAAAGCCGUUUGGGUGAUCUCACUGGCAGCUGUCAACUGCGUCAACUUCUUGAUCUCCUCACAAGAGGCACAAAACAGAUCCUUAUGCUUUGACCUUACCAGCAAUGAAAAUUGUGUAAUCAGGUGGUAUAACUGGCUGCUGACCAGCCUGGCCGCCUUCUUGUCCUUGAUGAUGAUGACUCUGUGCCAUGCACUCAUUAGUUGCACUUUGGCUACCAAGACGCACAGGCGGGCUUGCUACAAACAAAAGGCUCUCAGACUCACCGAUGUCCUCUUGGUGGUAUUCUAUGCCUGCUUCCUCCCCUUCCACAUCUUUUGGAUGGCUGAGGUUGAACUACAGUUGUGUCCAGUCAGCUGUCACAUGGAGAAGCAAAUCCACUCCACCUGUAUCAUCCCUUGGUGACUGGCUGCACUCAACGCAUGCGGCAACCUACUACUUUAUGUCAUGACUGGAGGUAAGUUCCAGCAGGCCAUGGUCUCUCUUUCAAGGUGUAAGUGGAGCAAAUAUGUCCAGCAGCCCAGGAGCAACAAUUAA